AUGCCCUUCCCAGUGCCCUUCCCUCACCCUGAGUUUGUUCUUACUGCAGGAGAUGCUCCUGGAGAACUGACCACCCCCCACUGGGUCCUGGAUGGACACAAAGUCACCCUGGAGGAGUCGGUCUCAAAGAUAGACAUGGGGCUGGUGGCCUUAGAGGCUGAAGGUCAGGAGCUUCUGCUUGAGCUGGAGAAGAACCACAGGCUGCUGGUCCCUGGAUACACAGAAACCCAUUACAGCUCAGAUGGGCAGCCAGUGGUGCUGGUCCCCGAAUACAUGGAUCACUGCCAUUACCAGGGGCAUGUGAGGGGUUACCCUGAUUCCUGGAUAAUCCUCAGUACCUGCUUUGGGAUGAGUGGUAUCAUCGUACUUAACAGCAGUGCCAGCUAUUAUCUUCGACCCUGGCCACUUUCAGUCUCCAAGGACCCCUGGACCCACAAGAUCUCCCGGACGGAGCAGCUGCUGAACUGGAAAGGGGCCUGUGGCCACAGGCACUCCAGUAACAAAAGAGACACUGCUGAUCUCCCUCGUGUCCCCCAGACCAGGGAGAGGCGAGAGGCCCCCAGGAGCCGGAGGUACCUGGAGCUGUUCAUAGUGGCUGACCACGCCCUGUACCUGACACAACACCGGAACUUGAAUCGAACCAAACAGCGUCUCCUGGAGAUCGCCAACUAUGUGGAUCAGUUCCUUAGGACUCUGGACAUUCAGGUGGCGCUUACCGGCCUGGAAGUGUGGACAGAGCAUGACCUGAGCCGCGUCACACCGGACGCGAACGCCACACUCUGGGCCUUCCUGCAGUGGCGUCGCGGGCUGUGGGCACUGCGGCCACACGACUCCACGCAGCUGCUCACGGGCCGCACCUUCAGGGGCGCCACAGUGGGCCUGGCGCCAGUCCAGGGCAUGUGCAAUUCGGAGAGCUCCGGAGGCGUGAGCACGGACCACUCGGAGCUCCCUAUUGGCGCUGCAGCCACCAUGGCCCACGAGAUAGGCCACAGUCUCGGCCUCAGUCAUGAUUCCGACGGCUGCUGCAUGGAGGCCGAGGCCGAGCAGGGAGGCUGCGUCAUGGCAGCGGCCAUGGGGCGUCCUUUUCCGCGGGUGUUCAGCGCCUGCAGCCGCCGCCAGCUACGCUCCUUCUUCCGAAAGGGAGGUGGCGCGUGCCUCUCCAACGCCCGGGAUCCCGGGCUCCUGGUGCCGCGGGAGCGCUGCGGGAACGGCUUUGUGGAUGAGGGCGAAGAGUGUGACUGCGGCGCUCCUCAGGAAUGCUCGGACGACUGCUGCCUAGCUCACAACUGCUCGCUGCGCACUGGAGCCCAAUGCGCCCACGGGGAUUGCUGUGCGCACUGCCGGCUGAAGCCGGCUGGCGCGCCGUGCCGCCGUGCCGCGGGCGAUUGUGACCUCCCGGAAUUCUGCACGGGCGCUUCCCCCCACUGUCCCCCAGAUGUUUACGCACUGGAUGGUUCACCCUGUGCCAGGGGCCAUGGCUACUGCCGGGACGGUGCGUGUCCCACACUCCAGCAACAGUGUGAGCAGCUCUGGGGGCCAGGCGCUCGCCCAGCCCCAGAGCCCUGUUUUCAAGUUGUGAACUCAGCGGGAGACGCCCACGGGAACUGUGGUCAAGACAGUCAGGGACGCUUUGUGCCCUGUGCACAGAGGGAUGCACAGUGUGGGAAGCUGCAGUGUCAGGGCAGGGAGCAGGGUCCUCGGGUGCCACACGCUGUGCCUGUGGACUCCAUCAUCAGCUUCGAUGGCAAGAAGAUGACCUGCAGAGGAGCUCUUUCACUCACUGGGGCCCCACUGGAUCUGCUGGACUUGGGCCUAGUAGAGAUAGGCACCCAGUGUGGACCUAAAAUGGUAUGCCAGGACAGGCGCUGCCAGAAUGCCACCUUCCCAGAGCUGGAGUAUUGCCUAGCAAUGUGCCAUGCCCAUGGGGUUUGUAAUAGCAACUACAAUUGUCACUGUGCUCCUGGCUGGGCACCACCCUUCUGUGAUCAGCCAGGGUUGGGAGGCAGCAUAGACAGUGGCCCCAUGCAGCUUGCAACCUACAAUGCCUUCCUGCUGACCAUGAUCCUCAGCAUUCUGCUGCCUCUGCUCCUUGGGGUUGGCCUGGCCUGGUGCUGUUACCGGUGCCCAAGGUCCUGUCUCCAGAGUAAGUACCUGUGGGGCUCGAGGAGGGGUCCUGCUCGAAGUGGAUCUAAAGCUGGCCCAUACAGGGAUGGCCCACUGGGCAGCCUUCGUCCCAUGGAGCUUGGCUCAAUAGCUGCUGGAAUGCCCUGGCCCCUGGACAUCCAGGAGCCAAGACCUGAUAGCUGGCAAGAGGCAGCCUCUCUGCACAAACUUCAAGACAGGUGGCCUCUGACAUCCACUCCAGGAACUUGA